CCCCCUUCCUCUUCCCCGGCCGCCUCCUUCACAGCCUUGGGCUCCUAUGGCAACCGGCCUGCGCGUCCCACUUGCCUGGGUGCGGUUGCGAUAAGCGGCAGCGGCGACAGCGGGUGAGGCAUGAAAGCGGCGGCCGGGGAACAACUGGAGCCAAGUGCUGGGGACUCGGGAAGCCGGAUCUACGCAGAGUACAAUGAAGGGGGGCAGCCCUGUGAGUGUAAAGCGGGGGAAGAAGUUUGUGUAUGUUGAACCACCUAGGAGAGUUAAGGAAGUGCUCGAAGAAGAGCUUUAUUUCCGGAAGGAUGAAUGUAGAGUUAAACACCCUUCAGAAGUGGCUUUGGAAGGAAUUUGGAGCUUGAAAAGGAAUUUUCCCAUGGGAGGCUUUAAGCCAGCAUCGCAGAAUCAAAGCAGCUUGCUUUCCCAGCCCAAAUACUACUCCAGGCAUGCAGUAAUAAGAAGAUAGCCCAUCUGAAAAGUGGCAUCUCCCGUGAUGAAAGUGACAAGAACUAGGCAAACCUACAGCUGCUUUUUUUUAUCCAAAUGCAGAGUACUAUAUUUUAGAAUUUGUAUA